AAAUCCUUGUAUUUCAUUGUUACUUCUGCUUAGUGUGAGACAAACAUGGCAUCUGCAGGUCUCCAGAUUUUGGGCGUCUUUCUGGCAACCAUCGGCUUCCUUGGCGACAUCAUCAUCUGCGCCCUGCCCAUGUGGAAGGUGUCUGCUUUCAUCGGGAACAACAUCGUGACGGCGCAGACCUUUUGGGAGGGCCUGUGGAUGAACUGCGUGAAGCAGAGCACCGGACAGAUGCAGUGCAAAGUCUACGACUCCAUGCUGGCCCUCCCUCGUGAUCUGCAGGCGGCCCGGGCGCUGAUUGUGAUCUCCAUCCUGGUCGCCUUGAUGGGAAUCCUGCUCUCCAUUGCAGGGGGGAAAUGUACCAACUGCAUUGAAGACGAGUACGCCAAGGGUAGGGUAGCCAUCGCUGCGGGGGUGUUCUUCAUCGUCGGUGCGAUCCUGUGCUUGAUCCCCGUGUCCUGGUCUGCUCACGUGGUCAUCAGGAACUUCUACAACCCCAUUAUGAUCGACGCACAGAGGAGGGAGCUCGGAGCGGCGCUGUUCAUCGGCUGGGGAUCGGCAGGACUCCUGCUGAUCGGAGGAGUGCUGCUCUGCUGCCAGUGUCGGCAGCGUAAGGACAGCAGAUACUCUGCCAAAUACUCUGCCCCACGCUCUGCAGCAAGUGCAGGAGCCUAUGUUUAAAAUGGCUGCAUGCUUGUUUUACUCUAGGAAACUGGACUGAACUCAUCAUAGUAAUAUUUUUAUGCUCUUUUUAUCAUUUCAAGGUGUUUUACUGAUUAUUUUUAAUAAAUUAAACUUUCA